CUCUCUUCAGCCCUUACAUGGCUGUUGUGGGAUGAGGUUACCGCUCCGACUUUGGCCCGCGCUCCCGAACUUUCUGGACUCAGUGUUGUGUCAACUCUUAUCAUCAGACCGGGGUCCCAAACCUGGUUUACCAGAGUGAACCAUUUUAUGAAGCACUUUUGUAAAUUUUGGACUAGUUUUAGGAUUUAAUAUUUGGAAUAUUUUGGGUUUUUUUCUCGGCUUUACUCCACUUUUCACCCCAGUCCUCUCUUUGACCUCUUUCCUGCAUAGCUCCCUCCACUUCAAUUUCUCUCCCUCUCCCUUUCCCUGCUCCGCUUUCUUUUGCUUAGCCUGAUUUAUUUGGCCCAGUGCAGCAGAGCUGGAGGGAAAGCACCAGGCUAUAUUUGUCGGCUGCUGAAGUUGGAUGGGCUUCAAGGAUAAAUGGACUUCACUUGUGCAGCAUCUUUUCAAGUCCCUUAUUUUUGGAGAUAAAUUGAGUUGAUCUGCACCUACAUCACCUACCAAACUUAGCAACUCAACCUCGUUGCCAACAGACGCGUUCAGCUUUCAGAGCGACUUCUCCUUCAAAGACAAGACCACCUUGGUCAAAAGCGUUUCGGAUACAGAUGCCAAGCUCCUGGCCGUACUUCCCAAGGUGUCAGAACUGAAACAAUACUUUGAAGGAGUUGUCUCCAAGGGCCCGGGGAUGAACAGGAAAGAGAGGAUAACCCGGCGCAUGGAGGGCAUUGAAAGUGAAGCCCCACCUGCUCUGGUGCCUGGUGGUUUGGUAGCUAACAGAAUGCUGGAGGAGGAUCCGCCGCGGUACACCCGCGCCUCAGACCCCUGUGAGCCUCGAGUCACAGUGAGGCGCUUCAGUCGAGAGGAUCUAGAUUCACCACUCAAGAAGGUCCCAUCUCCAGACAGAUCCCCCCAGGCCAAAGCUGCCCGCACAGAGCCAGCUGUGGUGUACGUUGAACCAGUAACAUUGUCCACCUCCUCUACGCCCACAUCUGGCCGCACGGACGCCUCCAGCCUCAGCUCCAAGGCUGAGCGCAUCGCCCGCUACAAGGCAGAACGCCGUCGGCAGCUGUCAGAGCGCUACGGCAUCCUCCUGGACCAGGAGGCUGACAUUGAUUACACACCACGCUACCGUUCCAGGCGGGAUCCAGACACGUCUGAGCAACAACCUUCUCCCAGGCGCGACAGAGAGAGAACCGAAGGCGAGGCACCGGGACGGGAGCCCAGGGUGCCGUACCGCUCGGGGGUUGGCAGGGUUUACAUGAGGACACAUCCAGAUCCCACACCUGCGGAUCCACCGAGUCCCGGCCAAUCGAACCAAAACCCUCCCCCGAGCCAAGAGAGGUCGAGCAGGUUUUCAGAGAGGGAAAGAGCAAUGAAUAUGGAGAACUACCACCGUGGUGGGCCUUCGGAGCGCUCAGCCAGUUACAGAGCCAGGACGCAGGAGCAGCAUCCAGCUCAGACACAACACCAACAACAACAGCAACAGCAGCAGCAGCAGCAGCACACCCACCACCACCCAGAUGCUGCCCACCAGGAGCCAAGCCCCACCUCCACCAGGGACUACAGUAUUGCAUCCGUGCCCAACUCUCCGCGCACCGGCCGCAGGGCAUCCCUGCCCUCCACUCGCUACGGCAUCUCACCUGGAGAUCUAUUCAUAGAGCAGCAGGCCCAGAGCAUCCUCAGCAGACAGGGCCUGGGAACGCUGUCCCAGAGUGAUUGGUGUCUCAGCACAGACUCAGAGAGUCAGACAGUCUCCAGCUGGCCUUCAAGAAUCAGAGCAAGGGAGCGUCUGUCCAGGGAUGACACAGCCCUGAAGCCUCCUGACUGGAGCCCAGACAUGCACCCGGCCAGCAGGCAUCGUACUCAUGGCAGUGGGGUCCAGUAUACCUCACAGCACUCAGAGCACAACAACCAUCAAAGGACUGUUUCCCAGACCGGCCCAGACAACCAUCCUGCUCACGGGCAAAUCACCUACCUGUCCUCCACCUCUGGGUCCCAACGCCCUGUCCAUGCUCUGGACUCCCAGCCCUACUUAGCCAUGACUGCUCAGGUGCCAACUGACACACCCUCUGGACCUUUAGAGGUACAACCACGGAGAAGAGUGAGUGCCGACCAGAUCUAUGCCGCCCAAAGGGAGGCAAGGCUGGAGGCAAGGCAGCUGUUGAGGGAAGGAGCCCACACGCAAGGCCUGCUCAAGAGCAGGAAGGCCGUGUUGCCCUCAGAGAUUCGCAGAAGGGAAAGGAGCGUGGAUGAUACUCACAGGAGUUGGCAUGAAGGCAUGGACUGGGAGAACGUUAAGCCAGAGCAGAGGAGGACAAGUCUAUUAGAGGAGGACUGGGACUGGGAGAGGCCAAGGGAAAGAGGGAGGGAACGACAUGCACAGAGGAUAAGGGAAAGAGGAAGAGAACACCUUUCCGGUGUCUCCAGCCAAGACGAGAGAACAUUUAGAUCCAUGCAGCUUUCCAACACCUCUGUAGACCAGCAGAAUACACACCAUCAGCCACUGGAGCCGGUGUACCAUCAAGCUCCUCAAGUCAUGCAGCCAGAUCCCCUAACACGGGAACAGUGUGAACCGCGGAUGAGAGAACGUGCCGCUCAUAGUCAGCCAGAUCCUCAGAGGCAACAUCACUCCACCAAUGUGCCACAGGAAAACCAAAGACAGGCUCAAAGAUGGCACGAGUAUGAGCUACAAACAAGACAGCCUCAGAGUAAACAGCAUGAGCCCCACAUAAAACAACAAGAGCCCCGACUAGAAGAGGAGAUUAAACCUCAGACACAACAACAAGCACCAUCCCAACAUCCUAGGCUGGACUCAACUCUCUAUCUGCAGAGGGGCAGCUCUUUGCCUCAGGCCAAACACAGAAGCCUGGAAACCAGUGGCCAACAAUGGCCCAAACCCAAGUCACGAACCCGCUCCAUGUCCGACAUCGGUAUAAGCCAGCACUCAGCCUUGUACUGUGUUGAGAGAGCUGGGGCCAGCAGUGAGGCGUCCAGGAUGGCUCCUACUCCUGGGAUGGCAAACGGAGAGAUGGGCACCCUGGACACGAGAGUGUCGGUCAGACAGCUCCGGCACUCUUACCUGGAGAACGCCAACCGGAAACCUGAGCUUGAACCUACCAAAGUAGAGCUCUCAGCUAUGGAGGUGGAUCCAGCCAGCAGCAGCGAGCCUGACAGGGGAGCUCGGAGGCCUCGGCGUUACAUAACUCCAGGAGACAGCCGCAUGUCAGAGAGGUUCAGGACUCAGCCCAUCACCUCUGCAGAGCGGUUGGAGUCCGACAGGUCCCGUCUCAGCCCAUCACAACUACAGGAUGCUGAAGGAGAUGAAGAAAAACUGGAUGAGAGAGCCAAGAUGAGCGUGGCUGCGAAGAGAUCUCUCUUCAGGGAGCUGGAGAGGGCAUCGGACGGAGGGAUUCCCAAGCCCCGCUCAAGGAAUGCUGCCAUCGAAAGACGUCUGAGAAGAGUUCAGGACCGCUCGCACACCCAACCCGUCACCAACAGGGAGGUGGUCAAUGCUUCAAGUGACCCCGCCACACCGUCACAACCUGUGAGAGUCCCCACAAACGCAAAUAUCGAUCCCCACAGCUCCACAGCGGCCACUGCUGUGACUAGCAUCAGCAUCCAGGCAUCUUCUCAGCCGGACGCAGAAGUCCAGGAGCAGGACAGAGAGGUCCAGGAUCAGCAGAAAGCUGGUCAAGCUCCCGGUACCGGAGGAGAGGUCAACGGCCAGGCCGUCUCUGAGGACCCCGACCUUUCCACACUGAGUCUCUCGGAGAAGAUGGCCUUGUUCAACCGCCUCUCCCAGUCUGCGCCCAAAACCACCGAGGAGGCUUGUGGGGACACCCGCCUGCGCCGGGCCAACGCCCGCUUCCAGACCCAACCCAUCACUCAGGGGGAGGUGGAGCAGGAGGCUGAGCCACCGGUAACAUCCACAGCAGUGUUUAGCGGUAAAUCGGAGGCCAAUCAGGAAGGACAUCUGAAAAGUGGAACCGAGAUCAAACUGGAGCCCCUCUCAGCCUCCCUGGUUAAAUCUGUGGCAGCCGUCACUUCCCAAGCCUCCGUCUCCACGGUAACCGUCGUGCCAGGAGGCGGCGGUGGCAGCAAUGACGAUGGUUUUCAUUCAGGGAAGUCCACUGCCAUUCCCUACAUCCCUGCCCAACAACAGGCUUCCAGCAACACGGGCGUCCACCAGGUGAGGGCGCCCAGGUAUCUCUCCCUGACCCAGACCCGCGACCCGGGCCAUGCCGAGCCCGAGCUCCACUCCUCCCCUCUCCUCCCUGAGAGUCGGGAGAGAGCCGUGGCUCCUCCUUUCCCCACCUCCUCUGCCACUCACAGGCAGCAGGGGGAGACUGUGGUGGAGGUCUGGAAGAAAGAGCGGCAAGAGGAGGAGGCUGGGAGGAGACGGCAGGGAGGAGCCAGAGAAGACGGUCAAGGUGGCAGCAUCCAGGAUAAGCUGCACGCUGACAGGGACGGAGAAGACGGGCCACGGCAUCCUCCGCAGUCUUUCCAGACCCCUUUGUUACCGGGCGACUCGGAGCCCCUGCCCAGCUGGAGAGCUGCAGACGGAGCCUCCCAGGAGGACAGGGAGAAAGGGGAAGGAGGAAGAAGGGAGAAAGGAGGCCACCUGAAAGAGGCUGCACCAGCUUAUGGUUCCUUGAACCAGGAGCAGGAGAGAAGCAGUGGCAUCUCAGACUUACUGGAUCAUCCGGUGCCACUCAGGCCGCUCGUUGCUAAAGUUUCAUCCAGAACUGUGUCUCACGUUUCAAGAAGCCACCUGCAGCAGCAAAACGUCGUCCAUCCUCCUCCUCCGACUCUCCCCAAACCCUCCUUAUACAUCCAGCCACAGUCAUCCCCCCAGGCUCCAACAACACAUCCCAAACCUUUCACUCACUCCCCUCAAAGCCAGCCCAAGCCCCAGGGAUUCAGCCCGUCUCUCCCUAAAACUUACCUGCAGACAUCCCCCCAGCUUCAGCUCAAACCACAAGUUCCUCCUCAGACGCCACCUAAACCCCACUCCUUUCCUCAGGGACUGGUGAAGUCCCAGUCCCUGCCUCUGGACCACAUCGAAGACUUCAGCAGGCACAGCGUCCAGUCUGGGGAACUGCUGUCUCCUACAGGGUCUGGAGACCAGCUAUCUGACGGCAUGUCCAGCAAACAGAUGUCCAUCAGGGAGAGAGUGGCUCUGCUGAAGAAGAGCGGCGAGGAGGACUGGAGGAACAGGAUCAACAAGAAACAGGAAGUGGUUAAAGCGGCGUCUGCCGAGCAACUGGAUCAGCAUGAGACUGAGCCGACCGGCCAGAAGAAGGAGGAAGGGGUGGCCGCUCAAGACUGCUCUGCUGUGUCUGUCUCUGAACAGCUGUGGGAGCCUGUCUUCUCCUCCACCUUUUCUCCUCCUAUCUCCCUCGGCCAAAAGUGUCAGUAUAUUGACCAUCAUAGUCAGAAGGUUGGAGAGGAAAUUGAGGCCCAGAUGACGAUAGAGGAGAGGAAACAGAUGAUAUCAAUUCGUGAGGAUGCCUGGAAGAAAAAGGGCAGAGGAGCAGCCAAUGACUCUACCCAAUACACAGUUGCUGCACGUAUGGUCAAGAAAGGGGUGGCAGCUUCCUCCUCAGUUAUCAGUCCCAUCCUGUCACCGGUCUCCACCAAACUCAAGAGCAGCGUGCCGGCUGUCAACAAACCACAAGAGGAAAUUGAGGCGAGGCCAUACAUGGAGUCAGAUAAGAAACUGGACAAGUUGGAGAGCUUCUUGGGGCGUCUGAAUAGUAAAGUGGCAGGUUUGCAGGAAACCACCAUAACGGUGACUGAGAAAGCGGUGAAGGAAGUAAUGAAGCUCGAUGAUGAGAUCUUCUCCAAGUUCUACAAACGCGUGACUGAAUUUCCUCGCAUGCCCACCAGGAUUGGAAUCAAUGAAGACUUUGACUCCAUAUUUGGUUCUCAGGGUCCCAAGUUGACUUCAGCCAUGGUGCUGCACAAGCGGUCCGUCCGUCCAUCCAGGAACGUUCAGUCAUCGAGAAACCCUGUGAAGAUGCUUGCAGCAAGACAGGACAUCAGGCACGAGUACACUGAGCAGAGACUGAAUGUGGCCCAGUUGGAGAGCAAGAGGAUGAAGACUGAGAAGAUGACUAAAACGUCGGAGUACUCUGAGGCAGCUCUGUUAGGUCUGGCCAGCAAAGAAAACUUCAGCAAUGUGAAUCUGCGCAGCGUCAACAUCUCAGAGCAGACGUCAAACAACAGCGCGGUGCCGGUUAAGAGCAUGAUGCUGAUGCAGAUCAAAGGUCGCCGUCACGUCCAGACCAGACUAGUGGAGCCCCGAGCUUCUUCUCUGAACAGUGGGGAUUGUUUCCUGCUGGUCACUCCAGAGCACUGCUUAGUCUGGAUUGGAGAGUUCUCAAAUGUCAUUGAGAAGGCUAAAGCAGCAGAUUUGGCCACCUACAUCCAAACCCAGAGGGACAUGGGCUGCAGGGCGGGUCAGGUGCUGACUAUUGAAGAAGGAGUAAACCCACAGGGUCCCGACGCACAGCAGUUCUGGACAAUCCUCGGCGGACAGAUGGCUUAUCAAUCGGCGGGUCCACCAGAGGAGGAUGAGCACUUUGAGAAUGGCAUAGUGGAAACCAACUGCAUCUUCAGGCUUCUGGAUGAUAAACUGGUUCCUGAUGACGACGAGUGGGGGAAAAUACCUCACAACUCCCUGCUGGCAUCCAAGGAGGUGUUGGUGUUUGACUUUGGCAGCGAGGUGUACGUUUGGCACGGAAAAGAAGUGACUCUAGCACAAAGGAAGGUGGCUUUCCAGCUCGCCAAACACCUGUGGAACGGGACGUUUGACUACACCUGCUGUGACAUCAACCCGCUGGACCCAGGAGGCUGCAACGCGCUCAUACCCAGGAAGGGCCAGGGGCGUCCCGAUUGGGCGAUAUUCGGCAGACUGACGGAGCACAAUGAGACAAUCUUGUUCAAGGAGAAGUUCUCAGAUUGGACUGAAGUCAAGUCCCCCACACCAAAGGAAGAUGUCGAGCUUGUACCCGAGCAGAAGGAGGCUCCGGGACGCGAGUGCCGGCCGUACGACGCCACCCUGAUGCUUCCUGUCCUCCGCUCACCCAUUUCCACCAUUUUGGACGGGGUGAAUGUGGGUCGCGGCUACGGUCCGGUAGAGACAGAGGACCACAUGAGGAUCCAAGAGAUCAGCACAGUGUCUGUGGACGUUUGGCAUAUCCUGGAGUUCGAUUAUAGCCGUCUGCCACGCCAGAGCAUCGGCCAGUUCCACGAGGGAGACGCGUAUGUGCUCAAGUGGAAGUAUAUGGUCAGCACUACAGUCGGUCGCAGACAAAACCCCGAGGCGAGGAGCACCGGGCCGGGAAAAGAGAAAUGCUGCUAUUUCUUCUGGCAGGGCCGACACUCCACCGUCAGUGAAAAGGGAACGUCAGCACUGAUGACGGUGGAGCUGGACGAGAACAGGGGGGGGCAGGUCCAGGUGCAGCAGGGAAAGGAGCCGCCAUGUUUCCUGCAGUGCUUCAACGGAGGGAUGAUCCUCCACGCUGGCAAGAGGGAAGAGGAGGAGGAGAAUACUCAGAGUGAGUGGCGGCUGUACUGUGUGCGCGGUGAGGCGCCGGUGGAGGGCCACCUGCUGGAGGUGGCGUGUCACUGCAGCAGCCUGCGUUCCAGAGCCUCCAUGAUCCUGCUCAACAUCAACAAGGCCACCAUCUACCUCUGGCACGGCUGCAAGACGCAGAUGCACACUCGCAGCGUCGGAAACACGGCUGCGCUCAAGAUCAAGGAACAGUGUCCUCUGGAGGCAGGACUUCACAGCAGCAGCAAAGUCAGCAUCCACGAGUGUGACGAGGGAACGGAGCCGCCGGCUUUCUGGGAACCGCUGGGGAGGAAAGACAGGAAGGCUUACGACUGCAUGCUGCAAGAUCCAGGGAAAUUCAACUUCACGCCGCGGCUCUUCCAGCUGAGCAGCACAUCUGGAGACUUUGUGGCGGCUGAGUUCUUCCAUCCAUCCAGGGUUCCAGAGCUGGUUAGCUCGCUGCCCUUCCUGCAGGAAGAUCUGUACAACGCACCGCAACCUGCCUUGUUCAUGGUGGAUAACUUCCACGAGGUGUACCUGUGGCAGGGCUGGUGGCCUCAGGACAACGAGUGCACCGGCUCGGCGCGCAUCCGCUGGGAUGCCGACAGGAAGUGUGCGAUGCAGACCGUGCUACAAUACUGCAAAGAGAAGAACGACAAGAAUCCUCCGAAGUCGUACCUGAUCCACGCCGGUCUGGAGCCGCUCACCUUCACCAACAUGUUUCCCAGCUGGGAGCACAGAGAGGACGUAGCUGAGAUCACAGAGAGGGAGGCGGAGGUGUGUAACCAGAUAAUCUUGGUGGAGGAUGUUUUGGCCCGGCUCUGCCAGAAUUUGUACCCUCUGUCUGAGCUGCAGGCCCGACCACUCCCUGAGGGAGUGGACCCGCUCAGGCUGGAGAUCUAUCUGUCUGACCAGGACUUUGAGAGAGCUUUGGAAAUGAAGAGAGAGGACUUUGAAAGUCUGCCAGGGUGGAAGCAGGGGAACCUUAAGAAAGCCAAAGGCCUGUUCUGAGCACGUUUUAACUGAAGAUGGUUCGUGAAGAGAGUGGACGACUGAGACGACGAUGUUUGAAAGGUUACGAGAGAACUGACGUGAAGGACGAGACUGGAGACGCACUCGCCUCGCUUGUAGUCAUGUUUUAUUUCUCAACUGUGUCGGUACCUAAAGUUAAAUCCAAGCGGUGCACCAGCAGGUAAAAAAAAAAUCACCUUGCUUUGGGUCAUACAUGCUGUCUGUAUGUCUUUAAAACUUCCUCCAUGCACUGAAUUCACCGCUCAUGGACUCGUGAACUAAAACGAUUGGACGCUUGUUGUCAGAGUGCCAUGCUGUGUGUGCGACUGUAUAUAAUGUUUGUGUAAAUGUGUGUGUAGGUGCGUUUGUGACUCUGUUCCCCUGUAAAAAGGAAGAUGAGGGAGGCUGGAUGCUGUAAAGCUUCAAAUAUGACUCAUGUUGCUCAACUGAAGUAACUGUGAUUUACUUUGUGCCCGAGAGACGAGCUGAAACAAGAAAGGUUUGACGUGAAAAAGAGGAGCAACAGCAGCUUGGUGAAUCUGAAUGUAUAGUGCCUUGCUUUUGUGUACAGUUUAUAUACAGAAAUUCUAGUCUGCAUUUUUAAAGACUUACUUUGUGAUAUGAGACAUUGUGAAUUAAAUCACAAACAUGCUCAACUAAGGAG